AUGGACAUUCCAGAACCAUCUGAACUUAUUCAUGGUCCUGAAAUUGACAUCCCCGAGGAUGAUGUUGUGUUUGAUCCUGCACCUGAACGGAGCAGUGAGCUUCCUGCCAACACCCAUGAGUUAUUGCAGGGGAUGUUGGGCGACUCUUUAUUGGUUUUUUCAGACAAGGAAGAUGGUGGAACUGAGCCAGAUGAUAACAAUGAUUAG